UCCACUUCUAGGACAAAUAUUGAGGGAGGAGUAUAACAUAUUCAGCUCCAUAUAUAUAAAUAUUCGGUAUAUUGCAUAUUCAGCUCACCUCUGAUCUGUCUUCAACCAGCAUAACGCGGCGCCACAAUUUGUUUGGAGUCUUAUUGCAUAAUCUUGUCAUCACGCGCGUAUAUAUGCUAUAUAUAACCCGUCUCCACUAAUUCUAUCAAUAUCCUUUCUUUUGAUUCGAGGAUUUCUUUUGAUUCGAGGAUUAAUUGCAAAAUAAUUAAAUGGCCGGCCGUCAUCCUCAUCCACAUCAUCAUCUCUUGGUCGGCGCCGUCCUUAUUUUCACAAUCGCCGGCGUUUCCUCCUCUGUUUCUGGUUGUGACAGCUGUGUUCAUCAAACCAAAGUCUCUUACUUCUCUAACGCUUCUGCCCUCCUCUCCGGUGCUUGCGGGUAUGGAUCGAGGGCCGUUGGUUUAUACGACGGCGGACGAAUAGCUGCGGCCGCGCCAGCAAUCUUUAAGGACGGUGCCGGUUGUGGCGCCUGUUAUCAGAUGAGUUGCAAAGACACAAGUAUGUGCAAAAAAGAAGGGACGACGGUGAUGGUCACCGAUCUUAACACAAACAACCAAACACAUUUUGUGAUCAGCAGCAGAGCUUUCAUGGCCAUGGCUAAACAGGGCAAUGAACGACACCUUCUUAAGCUUGGCAUUCUCGAAGUCGACUAUAAAAGGGUGGCUUGUGAUUAUUAUAAGAACAAGAAUUUGGCUAUCCGUGUGGAAGAAUCAAGCCAAAAGCACAAUAAUUACCUAGCGAUUAAGUUCCUUUAUCAGGCUGGCCAGACUGAAAUUGUAUCUGUUGACGUGGCUCAGGUGGGGGAGUCGUCAGGUUGGACCUUUAUGACCCGCAAACAUAAUGCUGUCUGGGAGACUAGCCAAGCGCCAACCGGGGCAUUGCAAUUCCGGUUCGUUGUAACGGCGGGAUACGACGGCAAGUGGUAUUGGGCAAAGAAGGUGUUACCGUCAAAUUGGCAAAAUGGGGUGACAUAUGAUUCCGGAUUACAGAUCACCGACACCGCCGAAGAGGCGGGUUGUUCUCCAUGUGGCGGCAACCCCGCCACUGCCGCCUAUGUACAAAAUUGACCCUAAUUAAGCAACCUACCUGACAUAGCUAACUUCCCAUGCCACGCACCCUAGAUUGAAUUGUACCAUUGCAUUCUUGUGUAGAGUUCGUAGAUUGAGCGCGCUGUACUAAAUAUACUUACAAGUAUAUUAUACGGUUGUAAAGUUCUAAUUUAUAUCUUGCAUCCAAUAAACUGAUCCACAUCGAAAUCGAUCAGAAAAAAUUAAUAAAGCUUGUAACGUUUCUAAUUAAUAAAGCUUGAAUUGUACGUUUCUAUCUAGCUAGACAACUUUGUUUAUAAAAUAAUAAUAACAGUGAAUGAA